AUGCGCAGCGACAAGUACACUUUGCCCUCCCAGCCAACGGAUGAUUCCUUCGCGCCCUUGGAGAACAGAGAGCUCGCGGCAAAGGUUGAAUCUGGUGGAAACGUUGGCUUUGUCGGCACCAAUGGCACCAACUUCGUCCUCAACGGCAAGAUCACGUACUUCAGCGGGUCAAACGAUUACUUCCUCAUCCUCAGGACCUACCUUUCGGACGACCAAGUCAGGCUUUUCUUCAGGGUGAUGGCUGGGAACGGCAUUGACUUGAUCAGGACUUGGGGCUUCCUCAACGGCCAGGACGACCCUUACACUGCUGGCGUCUCCAUCCAGCCAUCGAUUGGGGUAUUCAACGAGCAGUCACUGCAGCGCCUGGAUCUGAUCUUUGCUGAGGCAAACUCCAACGGCGUGCGCAUCAUCCUGCCUUUUGUCAACUUCUGGGCCGACCUGGGAGGAAUGCAGUGGUAUGUCACACAGCUUCUGGGCCCAGGACAUGCUCUAGAUGAAUUCUACACCGACACCACAGUCAAGCAGGCGUACAAGAACUACGUGAAGAAGAUUGUGACGCGCGUCAACACUAUCACUGGAGUGGCAUACAUCAAUGACCCCACGGUCUUCGCAUGGGAGCUCGCGAAUGAACCCCACUGCACUGACGGCUAUGAAGACAGCCUUGGAGUUCCCCACGCCUCAAUCGUGCGCGCGUGGGUUGCUGAAAUGGCCGCCUACAUCCGCAGCCUCGACCCCGGCCACAUGAUCGCGACUGGAGAGGAGGGAUUCAUCAGCACUGGAGGUCCCAAUUCUGGCUGGCGCAACGACGGCACCAAGGGCGUUGAUUUUGCGCUGAACUUGCAGGACCCCAACAUCGACUUUGGCACCGUCCACGUCUACCCCGGCAGCUGGGGGAUCCCCGCGGACAACGUGGCGGAGUUUGCCAACAGCUUCAUCUACAGCCGCGCCCAGAUCGCCAACGCAAUCGGCAAGCCCUUCAUCCUCGAGGAGACCGGCAUGGAUGUAAACGCGUACCCGCUCUACCGUCCAGACUUCUACACAUACCUCUUCAGCGCAGCGCAACGCUCGGACGCAAAGGCCAUGAUGCCCUGGGAGCUCGUGGCAUGGCACGUUGACGCGCGGGACAGUGGCGGAUAUGACUUUGGCAUCGACGAUGUGUCCUUCGGCCCCGUAUCAGCCGCCAUCGCCUACCAGAAGAACAGGACGAUCGCAUGCGCGUCCGGGGUGUGCCCGCCAGUUACACCCCCCUGCACCUGCUUUGACGUGCCUCCAUCCUCCGAUUUCACCUGCCCGCAGCAGGCGGGUUUUUAUCAAGGCAACUGCUCGAAGGUCAACUUCCUGGGGAACGGAAUCUGCGACCUCAGCUGCGGCCGCUGCAGCCGCUGCGCUGACUACGAUUACUGCAAGUCCUGCACCGACAAGGCGCCCUCGCUGGACUACACCUGCAAGGAGCAGGCGGGCUUUUACCAGGGCAACUGCUCGGCUGUUUCCUUCUUGGGGCCUGGCACAUGCGACGCCAGCUGCGGCCGCUGCAGCCUGUGCCCUGCCACCAGCGGACCCCCCAAGUGCCAGAUCAACAUUGCGGUGGGCCCUGUGUGGCCAGCGGGCGGCACGCAGCAGGGGACAAAGAUGCAGAUAUAUCUUAGCUCCCCUGCCAACAACACCAUUGUUGCCCCCUACACCGUAACCCUAACCUCCCCCGCCCCCUACAGCGCUGCAUACCCCUGGGAGUGGCAGGCCACAAUCACACCGGAAGGGCUGACUGGACUUGUGACGGGCACCUAUGACACUCUACGCCCCUUUGGAGGCAACACAGCCAACAUUGGAACCAUCGUGUUCUUCAGCGACCCUGCCGCACUCAAGCCCACAUCCGCCUCUAUCAACAACCAGACUUGCGGCCUCACUGUGUCUACCUACUAUGAGCCUCUCGGCUGAGCACCUGAUCUCUCCUCUCCUGACAUCGCUGGCAAAUUCCCACCCAAGGUGACUCACCUGACCCAGUGAUGCAGGCGGCUGUAGGGUGCCUACAUUCACAGACCUGCUCCUUGAUUGACGCUGGCAAGCUGAAGCAAAAGCCAACGAUGUGGGAAACAAGCCACAAAUGAUAAACUUCGCCUGCUAGUAGUCAGGUGGAAAAGACAGCAAGUUUAGAAGCGCAGCAGAAGGCCCCGCUGUGAGCCUCGGGGUCUGUUGAUUUGUUGAGAAUAUUUCAUUGAGCGCUUUUUGCUGGACUGCGAUUGGCUGAUGUCUUUCACCAGGCAUCGUGUGACCUCUUGGACUUCCGGGGCUUUUUAAGUUCUGAGAAUUGACUACCUAAGAUC